ACGUGGGUAGGUGUACGCGUAGUGUGUGUGCGCGCAAUUUGCUAUGCUAUGUUUCUAUCGACAACCCUGCACGCUCCGACCGACUAGACGUCUCACUUACUAACCUAAAGGCGAGUAAAAUUAGAAGGAUAGUAUAUACAUUUUUAUUUUUGUGAAAUUGUGCCCGCUCAAUCAAGUGCUGCAUUCUGUUGUCUGAGAUGUCAAAGCACAAACUGUUCCUCUUGAGACAUGGGGAAGGAGCCUGGAUCAAGGAGAACCGAUUCUGCAGCUGGGUCGACCAGAAGCUGAGCGAGGCUGGCAUUGUGGAGGCCCAGGAAUGCGGAAGGCUUCUGAAGGAGCAGGGCUACAAGUUCGACCGAGUCUUCACCUCCCUGCUCAGCCGCUCCAUCCACACCGCCUGGCUGGUCAUUGAGGCCAUGGGCGAGGAGUGGGUCCCCGUCACUAAGUCCUGGCGGCUGAACGAGCGCCACUACGGCGCGCUAAUCGGCCUCAACCGGGCAGAGAUGGCCCUGAACCACGGAGAGGAGCAGGUGAAGCAAUGGAGGAGGAGCUACGACAUUACCCCGCCCCCCAUCGAUGAGUCGCACCCAUACUUCUCUGAAAUCUACAAUGACCGGCGCUACAGCACAUGUGACGUCCCCACGGAGCAGCUGCCACGGUCCGAGAGCCUGAAGGAGGUGUUGGACCGGCUCCUGCCCUACUGGAAUGAAGUCAUUGUCCCAGAGAUUAAGAGUGGCCACACCGUGCUCAUCUCGGCACAUGGAAACAGCUGUAGAGCCCUGCUCAAACACAUAGAAAACAUUUCAGCGAAGGACAUCGUCGGUGUGACUUUACCCACUGGGACUCCUGUGUUACUGGAGCUGGAUGAGGAUUUGAAGCCUGUGAAGCCACGGCAACUUCUGGGAGACCAGGAGAAGAUUCAGGCAGCCAUCAAAAAAGUGGAAGACCAGGGGAAGGUCAAUGCAUCCAGCAAGUAAGGGUUUGUACAGAAAACAGGCCUGCUGUUGGUCUGGCUAUUGUCUGCAGGAUAUCACCAGGGAAGUACACACUUCUGCCCAUUUGUUACUUAAACUCACACCAUAGAUAGUAGGAAAACACAUCAACCACUCUAGGCAAAAUUAGUUAAACAAGAUAUUGUUUAGAUACAAGAGACCUCUGCCUCAUGAUAUAUCAGAAAUAUUUGGCUCAAUUCCUCGCCUGUAUUCUUUUGUGUGAUGCCUGCACACCCCCCUUACAGAGUGGAGGUCUCCCAGAGUUAAGUGUUUUGUUUGUGUUUGCUUUUCCAACAUGUGUUAGUGGUAGGCAUCGAACUGGCCAUAUGGCGCACUGAAAUAGUUUGUGAUUAGCUCUUUUCAAAGCAAAGAGUACUGUAAAACACUCCUAAUACUUGUCUUGUGCUGUACCUCGACACAUGGUAUCUUCCACUGAAACAUGUGAUGAGCUGUUGUGAGAAGACAGGACAAAGGAAGUGAGAUGAGGUGAAAGGUCAGUGAAAGUGUGUGCUGUUGGGUUAGGUUGAGUUGGUUAAGGGAGAGAAGACCAGAGGUGCCUUACGUUUCGGUCAGUGAGAAACCUCUAUCUGCCGCUUGUCAUGCUGGUUGGUUGGUCGAUCAACUGGCUCAAAACAAUAGGUCAAACAUUUUUGUAGAAUAUACAGAAUAGUAAACAGAUAGAAUAAACAGUCCGUUGCCUCAAGAUGAGUUCAAGUAAGGCCCCAUGAUGCAUACGCAUAGCUCCAUUGAAUCGUCAAUCAAUAUGUCUUUUUAACUGUGAUCUCCAAUUAAUUAUGGGUUUUACAGCUAAGCUGGAAGGCUAAAUCAAAAACGUCAUCCAAUGUAGAUACAUUGUAACUUUAAAUUACAUUUUAAAAAGGUAUGCACUAAUAGGUGACAAACUGUGACACUUUAUUGGAGAGGGUGAAAAAUAGCUUUCAUCAGCCUAAGUCUUAGAAGUUAAGCUAGGACCAACAAGCAAGUAUCAAAGACCAAACAUAUACUCAUCUUAAGGUGACAGACUUGAGCUGAAUGUUCAACAAACCUCUGUGCACCUAAAUGAUUAUGACAACUGGCAUUUAUAUGAAGUGAUUAGGUAGUUACCAACCAUCUAUCAAGCACUGAACACACGUACAUUACCUCUAUCUAGAAGGGGUAAUUCAUUCCAAGCUGUAUGGUGAGCCUGUUUACAUAUUCCCUGCAUGACAAAGUCUGAAAACGUUUGCUCUCUCCUCUCACCUGAAGAAACAAAAGCAAGGUAAAAUUCAAAUGAAGAAACGGUGUGGUAAUUUAGCAGUGAUAUGCACUGGUAUUUUUUUUUUUAUCCUUGUAUGCUUUUAUUAAUAAGGACUGAUGAAUUAAAAUGCAAUUUACUGCAUAGAAUGCAGAUGAUGAUUUCCUUAGAAGCAGCAUUACUACCCUUGCUGAAGUUACUGAAAUAUGGCACAUAAAGAGGAACUCCAAAAAUAACUUUGUGUGUAGAUUAUAUGAAUAUGGAUGCCAUAGUGUGAUGUAUCAGUAAAGCAGAUAUAUCUGAGUGUAACUUGCAAUCACCUAGUGUUUGAAAAUUAGGUAUGUUUUCAGGAAUUUUCAGCAUAGAAAGAUUUGUCACCAUGAAUUAUCUCAGAAUACGGCAGUUCUUCUAUGCAUUUGACACUGUUAAUAACAGGCCUUUGUUUUAAGCUAACUCUGGGUAUUUUAUGUGUUUCGUCUAUUUAUAAUGUUAUUGUUCAUUGUUUAUGAAUACUGUAUGUGUUGUGUUUCUUGUGCAAGACCACUGAGCAGAAGUGUGUUUUUAUUUACAUAAAAUAGGGAGCUUUGUUACUUCAUGCGGUUCAAACUAGUAUUAAGCUGAUGUUUAAGCUAUGUGUUAUAUAAGCAUAUAAUACUGAAUCCAUUCGAUUGUCAAAGUGACUGCCAUUGACUGAAAUAAUUUGCUUAUCACUGUGUGGACUUGAACAAAAUGACCUGGUGUGAAGUUCCUCAUGAGUUUAGGGGAAGUAUGAGUAAAGGUCAUGACUGAAUUGGUUUAGAGAAAAUAAACCAUAGAGAUGUGAGUUGAUAUGCUGUGCGAACAUUUCUACAGUGUUUCCUAACCAUAUUUUGCAACGUAUGAUGUAUAUCUAAUGUAUAUUUUGGCUCAUCUACUUUGUGUUUUCAUACAACUUGUGGCCAAGAGUGAGCACAGUAGUUUCAUAUUGCUCAGGUAGAGUUCCUUUUGUAUAAUCUCAAAAUGAGCUGCCACAGUUGUCCCAUCAUGAAACUCAACUCACACUCUACACAUUUGUAACUAAAGUGCUGUGACUGCUGAAAUGUUCCCCUUUGAAAUUGCUAUGUUUUGCAUACAGGGCAAAAAUGUAAUUAAAAGGCUCAAAAAGUG